UUGCAGAAAAAGUCCGAAUAUUGCGGGAUAUGAUGAGYAUCUGGACACUCUAACAUAAAAAUGUUUAGUUGAGCUUCGACAAGGGAAAAGGUGAUCACCAACGAUAGCUAGGCUGCUAGAGUAGAGUCUAGGCGGUUGGUUACUUGAUCAAGGAAAGCUGGGAACGAAAGCAAGCGAACUGUUAAGCAAGCGAGGAACGAGGAGAUGUGCUUUAUGCUAUCAGAUUAUUCAUUUCAUAAAGUUGGAAAGGUUAUAUUCUGGGGAAUAUUCGCCUAAGGAGGCAUCAUGAAAGCUUUUUCAAGUUAUUGUGCCUUUAACGAGAGCUUGAUCAAUGGAGCAUCCAAAGAUCAAGGUAUCCCCAGAUGUAUGAUGGAGACUUAUCCUUCAUCUUUUCUUUUGGGUUUUAUCCUAGUAAUUGCCUUAUUAAAGUACAUCAAAAGAAGAAGAAGCUACAAAAACAUAUACAGGAGAUCGCUUUCAUUUGAAGAUGUAGAAACAUCACAGUCUUUUUCUGACAAUGAUGCCACAUGGUAUAUCAAUAAGCAUUUACAGGACAAGUAUGCUGAUCAGACUGCCAACCCCAUCACAUUUAUUCAUGGUGACAGCCAGACUUCAUUUUUCUAUACGUUUCAGCAAUUCUUGCAUGUAUGCUUGAUUAUUGUGCCUAUCAUUCACAUUAUAGCAAAACUCUCUAUAAGGUUUUCAAGUGGAAUACAAGGUGUUGAUGUGUUCUACUGCUCCUCAAUGGUGUUAACAUGGCUUAUUGCUCUUACUGUCCUUCGACACGAAAGUUUCCAAUUUUUCAAAGCAAAGAUACAAAGGCACUCCUUUGGAUUGAUUCUCUAUUGGUCUUUAAGCUUUGUAGCAGAAAACCUUUCUUUUAUUUCYUGGAACAACAACAAUUGGUGGUUUCAUUUAAACUCCACUUUGGACAAGUUAGAGCUUGGACUGUUUACUACAAGAUAUGUAUGCAUGUUAUUGCUUUUUCUAAUUGGAAUGAAAGGACCAGGGUUGUAUAAGACUAAGCCUAUUUUCGUGACAAACGAACAAGGACGAAAUGAUGCAACAAAUGUGGUAUCUGAUCGAACUGGCCAGUCAGCAUACAAAGAUUUAUUGAAGAAAUUUAAACUAUUAUGGCCUUUCCUUUGGCCCAAAGAUAGAUGGCUCCAGAUGAGAGUUGUUAUAUGUUUCAUCUUUCUUGGACUUGGAAGAGCUGUAAAUGUGCUUAUUCCUUACUCUUACAAACUCAUUGUAAAUAAACUGAAUGGGCAUGGCCACAUUGUUGAUCCUUACUCGCUGAUAGCACUGUAUGUCAUCUUGAAGUUAUUUGGUGGAGGAAAUAGUGGUUUUUUGAGCAAUCUGCGCACAUUUAUUUGGAUCCGGAUUCAGCAAUUUACUGGUAGAACUUUGCAAGUUAAACUCUUUGAGCACCUUCACAGUUUGUCUCUAAGAUGGCAUAUAACCAGAAAAACUGGAGAAGUGAUUACCAUGGUUAAUCGCGGAUCUAACAGCAUAUACAAUCUUCUCAAUUACAUUCUCUUCAAUAUUUUUCCUACAAUUGCUGAUAUUAUCAUUGCCAUUGUGUACUUUAUUAUUGCCUUCAACGGCUGGUUUSGACUGAUUGUGUUUAUUACAAUGACUGCCUACCUUGUUGGAACAAUUCUUAUUACUGAAUGGAGAACAAAGUACAGAAGAGUGAUGAAUCUUAAAGACAAUGAUGCCAAAGCAAAGGCAGUUGAUUCACUUCUUAAYUUUGAAACGGUGAAGUACUAUGCUGGGGAAGAAUUUGAAGUUAACCGAUUGAAUGACGCAAUUCUUGACUACCAGGAUGGUGAAUGGAAGGUGCUUGGAUCCUUAUCAAUACUGAACAUUGCACAGAGCAUUAUUAUCAACCUUGGGUUACUUAGUGGGACAAUGUAUUGUGGACAAUUGGUGGCUACUGGACAGCUGAGUGUUGGGGAGUUUGUUCAGUUCAUCACCUACAUGGUUCAGUUGUAUGUUCCUCUCAAUUAUUUUGGUACAUAUUACAGGAUGAUACAGCAAAGUUUUAUUGACAUGGAAAAUAUGUUUGACUUGUUUGCACAGAAGCAUGAGGUAACAGAUGCUCCUGAUGCCACAGAGCUACAUGUUUACAAUGGUUUGAUCAAGUUUGAAAAUGUAGUUUUCCACUAUGAAACAAGUAAGCCAGUUUUGAAAAACGUCUCCUUCACAGUCUAUCCUGGACAGACUGUUGCCUUGGUGGGGAACUCAGGAGGAGGAAAGAGUACAAUUAUUCGAUUGUUGUACCGUUUUUAUGAUGUGGAUGAAGGGGUUAUUUCAAUUGAUGAUCAAGACAUUUCAAAGGUUACUCAGAAGUCUCUUAGAAAUGCCAUUGGUGUAGUACCUCAAGAUACAGUUUUGUUUAACAAUAACAUCAGGUUUAACAUACGUUAUGGAAAAUUAACAAGUUCAGAUGAGGAUGUCGAAAGUGCAGCUCAGGCAGCAGAUAUUCAUAGCAGGAUCCUUUCAUUCCCACAUGGCUAUGAUACUCUAGUUGGAGAACGUGGCUUGAAACUUAGUGGUGGUGAGAAACAAAGAGUUGCAAUUGCUAGAACAGUUCUUAAAAAUCCAUCUUUGGUUCUCUUGGAUGAGGCUACAUCAGCUCUUGACACACAAACAGAAAGGAAUAUUCAAGCUUCUCUAAAUAACAUGUGCAUCAAUCGUACAACUAUUGUAGUAGCUCACAGGCUUUCAACAAUUGUGAAUGCUGAUCAGAUUUUAGUCCUUACUGAUGGCGAGAUUAUUGAGCGAGGAAGGCAUGAUGAGCUGCUAGCAUUAAAUGGUCACUAUGCUUCAAUGUGGCAACAGCAAUCCAGCAAAUCAGACGAAGAUGAAACCGAAGAUUUCUUGACAGAUAUCAAGGAGAAAAUGUUCUAAACAAAUAUAAAUAAUAGCAAAGCACCAUAAAUAAGAGAAAAUGGAAACCACACAAUCGAUUUUUCAUCAACUGACAUAGGGCUCCCAGCAUACGACYGUCCUUGUUUCAUUUGUACCUAAAGGUCAAGUAAGACAGGACACUUUUUUCCCACAACCAUCCCAUGCAACCUGCACAAAACAUGUUUCCAUUAUCAGUGGAGGAUCCAGAACAUCACAAAGAUAAAAUAAAAGUGAAAUAAAAAAUA